GGACGCAAUACAUCUUCCAGUGAAUACAUUCGCAGCGCAUCCUGUGGCAUUUCGGACGGACAUUUUUCUCUAAUUUUUUACUUUCCUUUCUGUGUCGUUUUAGUCUUUGUUGAGCAACUUUUCCCAUCAAAAUGUCUGAGCCAAUCCGCGUAGUGGUGACUGGUGCUGCCGGUCAGAUUGCCUACUCACUGCUAUACAUGAUUGCCAAGGGUGAUGUCUUUGGGCCGAACCAGCGAUUGAUUCUGCAUUUAUUGGACAUUCCACCGAUGAUGGGCGUGCUCGAGGGUGUCGUCAUGGAACUGGCCGACUGUGCGCUGCCCCUGCUGGCGUCCGUUAUCCCAACCACGGAUCCGGCCGUCGCCUUCAAGGAUGUAGCGUCAGCUUUCCUGGUCGGCGCCAUGCCUCGUAAGCAGGGUAUGGAACGAAAGGAUCUGCUAUCGGCCAACGUGAAAAUCUUCAAGGUUCAGGGUGAAGCACUGAACAACUACGCCCGGAAGGAUGUCAAGGUGCUGGUCGUCGGUAAUCCUGCCAACACGAACGCCCUGGUUUGCUCACACUACGCCCCAUCGAUCCCGAAGGAAAACUUCAGUGCCAUGACCCGGCUGGAUCAAAACCGUGCCCAGGCUCAGGUUGCUGCCCGGCUCGGUGUGGGCAUUGCCCACGUGAAGAACGUCAUCAUCUGGGGUAACCACUCGUCCACGCAGUACCCGGAUGCGAAGAAUGCUACCGUUGAGCUGAACGGUGCCCAGAAGAGCGUGGUCGAUGCCGUUGCCAACAACGACUACCUGAACGGAGAGUUUGUCGAGACCGUGCAGAAACGUGGUGCUUCCGUUAUCGCUGCGCGCAAAAUGUCAUCGGCCAUGUCGGCUGCCAAGGCUGCCAGUGACCAUAUGCGUGACUGGUUUGCCGGUACCAAGGACGGCCAGUACGUCUCGAUGGGUGUUGUAUCCGACGGAAGCUACGGUACCCCGAAGGACAUUGUCUUCUCCUUCCCAGUGCACAUCCAAAACGGUCAGUGGAAGAUCGUUCAGGGACUGGCCGUCGAUGACUUUGCCCGUGGCAAGCUAGAUGCCACCGCCAAGGAGCUGCUCGAGGAAAAGGAGGAAGCCAUGUCCGUUUGUGCUUCGGAUUGACUAAAUAAGCUGUAAAAUGGAAUGUUUGUAGAAACUUUGCGAAUGAAAGUAAAAAAUGCUCUAUUAUUUUUUGUUUUGUUUCCCAACACGGUGUGAUUAAUGUUUCUUCAAAAAUUUUGUUUUACUGUUGUUACAUUACACGUACUAAAAAUUACUCAGCUGUACGAAAAUCAACUCUUAGUAGGAUGUUUCUGUACAU